ACUGCUCCUAAACACACAUCAACACCAUGGACAUACUGUCUACUGAAACUCAGAACCUGAAGCGGAUCAAGGAAGUGGAGAAUGCUUUUAGCCCACCGGGGGAGAAACUUUCCAAACCAAAUCGAAUUCUAGUGGGAGAAGGCAUCCUGACGAAGCAAAAUCGCAAGAAGAGGGAGCAGAAAGCCUUCUUCCUUUUUAACGAUAUCCUUGUGUACGGCAGCAUCAUUGUUAACAACCGCUGGUACAAGAACCAGAAGACCAUCCCUUUAAAGGACAUCAAGCUGGAGGACAUGGAGGAUGAUGAAGACUUUAAGCACAUGUGGCUGAUCUGUACUCCUAGCAAGUCCUUCUUCCUCUCUGCCCCCACUUACAAGGAGAAGAAAGCCUGGAUGACACACAUCGAGCUUUGCCAGAGCUCCCUGUUGAAGGGGCAAGUCCCAAAUCAAAACCUCAACUUUGCCAAAUCCUGGAUCCCUGACCAGGCUGAUCAGAAAUGCAUGCGCUGUUUCAUCACCUUCACCGCAACAAACCGGCGACACCACUGCAGAAAGUGUGGCUUUGUUGUGUGCAACAAUUGCUCCAAGGAUCGAGCCCGAAUCAACCACAUUGACCCCAAGAAACUGCUGCGUGUCUGCAAGCCCUGCAGCAAAACAUGUAAUGAAGAAGAGACUUCUCGCACCAGGUUUUACAGUGUCGGCUCUGGCGGUGGUGCGGAAGAGUUAUUUAGUGAUGAUGAGUAAUCACAGACAAAUCCUUACAUAAAAACACAUAGUCGGUUUAAACGUCAGUUAUGUAACAUAAACUUAAUAUUAUGUGUCCCCUUUUGGAGAAUAAGUAGCCGUAGCCAAGUAAGUAAGGUGAGAUAUUACAGAGAGCAUCAGGAAUCCCUGUUAGGAGAAGCGUGUGUGAAUUGAAAUAGUUCAACUGUCCUCAGCAGGAAGGGAGGGGAUGGAAACUUGUCAUCCAUCACCUAUAUGUAAUAUGAAGGUGUUGAUAAGACCUGCCAAGACAGGAGAGAAGCAAAACACAACCACUAAACAAAGGCUGUUGGACUUUUGAUUGGUAAAGAGAUAAAGCUAGGCCUGCUGCAAAAGGUUUAAGGUCCUACACACAAAGUAUUUCAAAAGAAAGCAAUUUUCUGAACUUAUCAUCAAAAAUGUAAAUGUCAAGCCAAAUGUACACUAACGUGGAUUUGAAUCAUGUUUUUAUUCAAUGUUUACAGUUAAACAAGUCAAAUUGUAGUAAAACUGCGUCUGCAACUUUAUA